AUGCGCUCGUUUAUCGCUCCACUCGUUUUGUCCUUUGCGAUAGCCACUUCCGCCAAUGAAAUGUGCGGUUUGGUUUCUGACGUUGUGCAAGUUUUGCACGCUGUUUCUUAUGCUCCAGAAUUAUGCUCGACAUUGCUCCAGAUCUCCGCUGCAACCGCUACUUCCGUCGUUACAGAAACCAUGACAGAGACAAGAUCCAUUAAGACAACAGAGACAAGCACAGAGACGGAGACGAUUACUGAUAUUGAGACAACGAUUACUGGUACCAGGACUAGCACUGCUGACGCUGUUUCAGUGACCAGCACUGAAACUGUCACAGUUCAAGCAUGCCGUCCAAAAGUUACUCUCAAAAAACGAAGUGCUGCGCUGGAAACUGUCUCCGCUAGCAAGACGUGUACUAAGACCGAGUCUUCAAGCACUACAGAUACCUAUCCCACACUGUCUACUAGCACUGUCGAAACCUCGACAAUAAGCACAAGCGCCAUCACGUUUUCGAGCUCUUCUCCUGGAUCCUACAAAGCCAUGAGUUCUUAUCCUACUGUUUCCUCAACUUUUGAGUAUCGUUAUGUAGUUGCCUCAAGCGUCGUUCGACCCCAUGAUGCAGUUACCUCGAGCAUUAUUCAGCAAUACUCUUCGGCCAAUUCAAUCAUCUAUCAGCCGUAUUCUACUGUUGCCUCAACCACUACGAUAACAUCCCCGGUAGGACCAAGUACCCCGACUCCUCUGGUGUUAUGUGCAGAAGGACCACCAGAACUGCAGCGAUUUGAAUGUGCAAGAAUCACCCAGGGAUGCAGUUGUCUUUCUCGCGAAAGUCCUACAGUCACUCAGAUUGUGUUCAGCUCAGUCACUGUUGUCGAACAGUCGACAACCACGUUCAUAGCUCACAUCACAACUACCGCGGCUAUUACAUCUACGCAGUCGAUCGAUGUAACCGAACACUAUACCCCAACAACAACCAUUGUCGCCAUAGUUACUGAAACAGCGCCCGCACCUGAUUUCGACAACGACUCGAACAAUUGUGGAGCAUGCGGUAACGUGUGUUCUAAUGAUGACAUCUGCUCCCUCGGCAGGUGUGUUAGCCGAAACCCUAUACCUACUCAAGCUGUCGUCAACCCCGGCUUCGAAGACCUUAGUACAGCUCCAUGGGUUCUCUUUCCCGGGGGCUACGAGAUCGUCAACACAGGCAACCCUGAAUAUGGUCUAAAGACACCUCGUGUUUCGCGCAGGCCAGGACUAUUUGCAAGCAUCCGCCAGAUACCCACAGUCUUACCGGGCACCUAUAUAGUCCAGUUCAGUAUCAAGAUCGAAGGUCCUGACCCAUCGAGAUGCUUUGUUCAAUUGACAGGCGUUGCUGAAAAGGAUUAUGGGCGUGCAACUAACUCGGAUUGGAACACUUAUUCGUAUACAUUGACUAGUGCAGGUAGUAAUAACGACUUCAUCCGCAUUGUUGUUAGUUGCGAUCCAUCACCCCAAAAUGGAUUUGUUUACUUUGACAAUAUCACUAUCAAGUCAAUUUCAUAG